CAGCGACUAAAUUCUAACCUCCUCUGAACCCUGACGUGUCUUUUGUUUUGACGUGAGAAUAUUUGUGACGUUUCGCGCAUGGCGCAUGACUCUUUCAUCAUUGCCAACAUUCCAACAUUUUCUAGUUCGGCGGCCGGUGAGAUGAACGCAAAAAUAACGAAAAACCCAAAAUUAAUGAACACAUUCCUAGUCGUUUUCGUGUUCGUAUGCGAAAUCCUGUCGUCGGAAGUGCCCAGACCGAGAGGCGUCUCGCUUUCGAGGGCCCCCUUGUACCCCCCCGACAGAGACUUCACUUGCUUCGAUGGCAGCAAAACCAUCCCAUUCACUCAGGUAAACGACGACUAUUGCGACUGUUACGAUGCUAGCGACGAACCGGGCACCACCGCGUGCCCCCACGGCGUUUUCCAUUGCACGAAUGCCGGCCACAGACCCUUGAAUAUUCCCUCUAGCAGGGUGAACGACGGGAUAUGCGAUUGCUGCGACGGGGCUGACGAGUACAGUGGAGAAACGACGUGCCGCAAUAACUGUUUGGACCUGGGUAGAAGUGCCAGGGAGGCUGCACAGAGAAAAGCUGAGCUAGUGAAGGCUGGUAAACAGUUGAGAGCUGAAAUGAGCCAAAAAGGGAUGCAGCUGAAGCAGGAAAAACAAGGGAAAAUCAAUGAGCUGCAGAAGAAUAGAGAAGAGGCUGAUAAACUGAAAAUUGAGAAGGAAGCAUUGAAGAAAGAAGUAGAGGAAAUAGAGAACACAGCUCUAGAAUAUUACAGACAACUUGAAGAAGAAAUAAAUAAGAAAAAGGUGGAAGCUGAGGCCGAAAAAAACAAGGCAGAAGCUGUUGAAACUUUCAACAAGUAUGAUUCAAAUCAGGAUGGUUAUGUGGACAUUUCAGAGCUUCAAACCAGGCAGCACUUUGACAAAGAUAGGAAUGGAGAAGUGUCUGAAGAAGAAGCCAAAUAUUUUUUGAAUCUGCAGGAUUCAGUUGACUUGGAGACAUUCAUCAAUGAGUGCUGGGGCAGUAUUAAACCUCGUUUGAUGAUGGAUGCUGGUUUGUUUAAACCUCCAGUUGCUGAAGCUGAGGGAACAGCAACUGAAGGUGAAGGUGUGCAGGAAGAACAGGAAGAGGAAGCACACGAAGAAGAACAGGAAGAGGAGGAGGAGGACGACGACGAGGAAGAUGAACCGCAAGAACCGGAACCGGCAGAAGAGCACUCCGAUCCUCCUUCAGUCACUUAUGACGAGGAAACGCAAAAAAUCGUAGAACGAGCCAAUGCGGCACGCGCCGAAUUCCAAGAGGCUGAGAGGCGCGUGCGCGAUCUCGACAACGAAAUCAAGGACGUCACAGAGUACUUGGAGAAGGACUUCGGGGUGGACGAGGAAUUCGCCGUAUUGGACGGCGAAUGCUUCCAAUUCGAGGACCAUGAGUACAUCUACAAGUUGUGUCCUUUUGAUAGGACGUCGCAGCAACCGAAAUCGGGGGCGGCGGAGACCAGGUUGGGCACGUGGGGCAGGUGGUCGGGACCCGAAUACGACGCCUACGCCCAAAUGACAUACGACAGGGGGCAGUCGUGUUGGAACGGCCCCACCAGGUCGACGGUGGUCAGGUUGGAGUGCGGCAGCGAGAACAAGAUAACGGCCGUUUCGGAGCCGAACCGGUGCGAAUAUAUGUUCGAUUUCGUCACGCCUGCUGCUUGCUAUGAGGCGCCGGCGGACGUCAGGGAUGAGUUGCACGACGAGCUGUGAGGGUGCGGAUAGGGUACUGAUUCAUAUGAUAUUCCAUUGUGAUUUCCUUUUUACUAUUAUUGUUUCAUUGUAAAUUUGAGGAUUUGUUGAAUGUCUGGGGAACUAUUUUUUUUUUCUUGGAAGUAUUUGAAUGAUGAUUUUUUUUCCGUGUAAACAUCUUUGCCAGUGAACAGUUUUUGUACUGGUGUAUCCUAUUUGAAUAAAGUUGAAAGUGUUUGUA